AUGUUGACAUCACUGCCACAAAAACAAUCCAUUGGAUUCCUUAGACGUAACAUGAGAGAAUACAGUCAUGCAAGUCUAAUUGGAGUCAAUACUGGGAAAGUUGUAGAAUUUGACGUCAGAACCAGAAAUUGUAGUAUUUGCCAAUAUCACAUAGGAAAAAAUGAACCAAAGCCACCACUUGAGUGUAAUGUUAACUGGACAGGAUCAAGCAAAGGUAUGGAGCCAGACAUGGCAUGUUCAAUGAUCCAAAGGCUGGCUGAGGAUGGAUAUACAGUUGGAACUUUACAUGCUGAUAAUGAUGCUACUACUCAAUCAAGACUACCUCGUUCAAUAAUAAAAAAAAAGGUGAUAAAACACAUGUGAAGAAAAAUAUCUCCAAACUUCUUUAUGGUCUUUCAAAAAACUACAAACAGUUAAAGUCAUCAAAAGUCAUC